AUGUCGAUCAACAAAGAGGAUUACUAUGCAGACACAGAUGCUCCGAUUGCAAGAAUUGAGGCAUCGAAAUAUUUUGGUGACCUUACACCUAAAGAGCAGAGAUAUGCACACUACUUUUCAAAAGCGGGCCACUGGGGAACCAGGGUUGUUAUGAGAUCGGUUUCUCCGGAAUCAGAGGAUAUAUACGACUUGAUUCUUACAAUUCAUAAAGCAGUCAAGGGUGAUUAUUCCGAAUUGAAGAAAAACUUGGGUGAGAGGCCCGUCCAGCAGUGGUUGGAGUAUGCGUCGGAAUUCCUUGCCAAUUUGGGCAACUACAAGUCUUUUGGUGACGUGAAGUUCAUUCCAAGAAUUCCGUUGACUGACUUGAAGACUCUAGUUCAAAGCACGAACAGUGAGGCUGCACUUCAGCUCUUUGAGUCGGCAAGAAUCGCAAUCUACUCAUUGGAUGGAAACACGGCACUUAUGGGCUCACCUGAGAAAGGCCAAGUUUCAGGAUACUAUCUCAACCUUGUUACUAAGGCUGAGGGUGAGGCUGUGGAUGCUGCUCUUGCCUCAAAGGGCAUUAUGCCCGAGAAUAUUCGAGUCGAGAAGGCUACAAGUGGCAAUAAGUUCAUCGUUCAUGUUGCCAGUGCAUUUACAUCCAAUGCAACCGGUUACUAUCCAGAGAAAAUCGAGUUUAGCAUCGAGGGAAAGCCAGCAAGCUUGACAUUCCAAUUUGGAGACCACUCCAAGGAAUUUUCGCACAUUGCAGAGUCACUGCAAAAAGCCAAGCAGAAUGCAGCAAACGAGACUGAGGUUAAGAUGCUUGAAAACUACAUUGCAGCUUUUGCAACCGGAUCAAUGAAUUGCCACUACAACUCGCAGGUGUACUGGGUUAAGGACAUCGGACCAUCAGUUGAAACCAAUAUUGGCUUUAUUGAGACUUACCGGGACUAUCUCGGCACAAAGGGUGAGUGGGAAUGCCUUGUUGCCAUGGUCAACAAGGACAGAACCAAGAAGUUCGGUAGCUUGGUGAAGAAUGCAACCGAAUUUAUCACAGAGUUGCCCUGGGAUAAGUCGUUCGAGAAAGAUAGGUUCACACCUCCUGACUUUACUUCAUUGGAGGUGUUGACUUAUGCAGGUUCGGGCUGUCCAAUAGGCAUCAAUAUUCCAAAUUACGAUAAGAUCCGGAUCAAUGUGGGUUUCAAGAAUGUCUCGUUGGGAAAUAUCCUUAAUGCCAAGUCCAGAAAGCACCACAUCUCGUUUAUCGAGGAGGAUUUGCAGAAAGUUUACGAUGACUACUGCACCAAGGCUUUUGAGGUUCAAGUUGGAAUUCACGAGUUGCUCGGUCAUGGAACCGGCAAGUUGUUGAUGGAAAAUGGGGAUGGUACAUUCAACUUUGACCGCAACAGUCCUCCAAUUGGCUUGGAUGGAAAACCUGUAAGCACGUACUACAAACCUGGUGAGACCUGGGGAUCUGUUUUCGGAUCGGUUGCAGGUCCAUAUGAGGAAUGUAGAGCCGAGUCUGUGGCCAUGUAUCUCAUCACAAACCGCAAGUUAUUGGAAAUAUUUGGUUACAAGACCAAGGAAGAGCAGGAUAUUGUCACAUACGUGUCGUACUUAUCCAUGUGCAGAGCUGGAUUGCUUGCCUUGGAGUUUUAUGACCCUGAAAACAAGAAAUGGGGCCAGGCGCACUGCCAAGCUAGAUAUGCCAUUAUGAAGACGUUUUUGGAUGCUGGGGAAGGUCUUGUGAAGCUUGAGUACACAAAACCUGAGUACUCCGAUCUUGUCGUGAAGGUUGACAAGUCGAAGAUAGCUACGGUUGGACAGAAGGCGAUUUCCGACUUCUUGAAGAAACUUCAUGUUUACAAAUGCUCGGCCGAUGUUAAGCACGGAUCCGAGUUCUUUGAAACGUUGACCACGAUUCCGGACGAUUUGCUCAAGUUCAGAAAGGCAGUUUUGGCCCAGAAACUUCCAAGAAAGCAGCUUGUUCAGGCCAACACUUAUAUCGAUAAGGACGGGAAAGUGCAGCUCAAAGAGUAUGAGGAGAGCGAGAUUGGAAUGAUUAACUCCUUUGCCGAGAGAGAGACAUGA